AUGGGGGUUUUCACUCUUGCCUGGCUUGUGGCCAUACUCCCUCUCGCGUCCGCAUCACGAGCUCUUCCCGCUCUGAAGCAAUCGGUCUCACCAACCUUCAAAAUCAUCCCCUCGACAGCUAUUGCCGGGCCUAGCACCGCGAGAUUCGUCUCCGGGACAGAAUUUGACGGGCCCCAAGUCUCCCCCAUCAACAGCACUUCCUGGGAUUGGUGGUAUUUCGACGCCGUGUCUCCGGACCUCAAGACAGCGCUCUCAAUCGUCUUCUACAAUGCUCUCCCGUCAGGCUUCCCAUUCCUGGCGCCCUCGGAUACUGUAACGAUCGCGACUCUCGACUGCAUAUUCGAGAAUGGUACCCAAUUCUACGCUGUCCUUGAAGCGAGCGAAGCGAUCAUCACGACUGUGGGCGACGGCAGUUCCGGGUGCUUUGAAGGGACGGGAGCGAGUUGGAUCGGGGCGCCAGACAUGACCACGUACCGGGUUGAGAUUAACAGCCCGAAGAACGGAAUCGUAGGCACCUUUGAGCUCCGGAGCCUGGCGCCGGCGCAUUACCCAUGUGGAACAGCAGAGGCGGGACAGAGUAUGAUGGUCGGGCCCAACAUCGGGUGGUCCAAUGCAGUUCCUGACGCAGUCGGGACCGUGGAUUUCAAGAUCGCUGGCAGCGAUUUUGCUUGGACCGGCGUCGGGUACCAUGAUAAGAACUGGAGCGACCAGCCCUUCGCUGCGAAUGUCGGGAGCUGGUUCUGGGGUCAUGGCCGGCUGGGCAACUACUCCAUCGUCUGGUUCGAUUUUCUCGCUCUCAAUGGCUCGGAAUAUGUCAGUGGGUAUGCGGCAAGGCAUGGUGAGAUCCUGACUGCGAGCUGUCGGGAGGACUCGGUCAAGGUCAGGCCAAGCGGAGUGAAUGAUGAGUAUCCUCCUGUUGCAUCCUCGGGGUUUCCAGGGGGUUUCAAUAUCACGCUGCAUCUUGGGAACGAAAGCACGUUGACUGCGCGUGUGCAUAUCAAGACGGUCCUGCAGCAGUCGACGACACUGUAUAGUCGCUGGGCGGGGAGCAUGGAGGGGAGUGUAGAUGGGGGAGAAGUCAUCUCUGGGGGCGUGGCCCUGUUGGAGGAGUUUAAGCUGGUCUAGCUGAGUGUGAGUAGUCAUUUUUGAGCGCAUUUGGAAUGUAGAGGGGAGGCGAUAAUAGAUACUAUUGAGAUCUUCUCGUACAUAUUACUCCUAUGACAGACAAAGAAGCACUUCACCUCUUUGAAGUCUUACCAGG